AUGGCGCCGCGCGGCACGGCCUGGGCUGCGCUCCCAAGCUCCGCGCCUGGCGGCCCAGCGCCCGCAGCCCGAGCCCCGCAGCCCGAACCCGCGAUCCUCUCGGGCCCGGCCCAGCUCCACCGCCGGAACUUCCGGCCGGGGGCGGGACCAGCGGGGACGCACGGGAGCCGGCCCCGCCCCCGGCAGCCGGCCCCAUCGGCAGAGGCCCCGCCCCCAACAACCCGCCCCACCCAGAGGCCCCGCCCCCAGCAGCCCACCCCGCCCCGGCAGCCGGCCCCGCCCCUCCGCGUGAACAUAGCGGCUCCCCGCUCUGUAGGGUGUGAGGACCCCAGUCGCUGGGCCGCCAUUCUGGAGCGCCAUCGAGAGGUCCUACGGGCGCGCGCGGACCCCCGAGUGCGGCUGGAAGCCCUGGACCGUUGGUAUCGGGAGGAUUUGCCAGCGGCCAUCGGCAGAGCGGAGAAGCAUGUGAGGGAGCUGGAGCGGCUGCUGGCCUGGAAGCUGGCGAGGGCCCGCUUCCGGCCACGUCUGCAGCAGCUGGUGACCACCAAUCCCCCUGAGCUGGUUGUGCACUGUUCGACCACCACCUUCUGCCUCCUGCCAGACCAGUCCUGGUGGCUGGAGCUCGAGAUGGAGGCCUUCAUGUCAGAUGAGGCAGUGGUCACAGUGCCCCGCCUGCCGGCCCCACAGUACACCCUCAGGUACUACCUGCUGUACCUGGGCCAGGUUCAAGAGCGGGCCACAGCUCUGAGCCAAGUGGAGAACAGCACUGUGGACCUGGGCCGUGGGGCAGAGGCUGUGCCCAGAUCUGCUGCCCAAUCUUGGCCCCAGCCUGGCCACCCACGAGGACACUAG